GCAUUCCAGGCCUCCACACUCCAAAUGUUGCAACCGCCUCAGCCAGCUUUCCCUUUGCUUACUCUUAAUCAGUAGAAGAUAUGAGAAACCCACAACUGCUUUCUUUCUCAAUAGCUUUAAAGUUUUCUCUUUUCAUCUUCCUAUUCAUUUUUCCAAUCCAAGCAAGAAAAACUCCACAAAUAUGUUCUUCUUCAUGUGGAGAUAUAAAAAAUAUCAGCUAUCCCUUUCGCCUCAAGGGAGAUCCAGCUGACUGCGGUGAUCCAGACUAUGAACUGUAUUGUGAGAACAAUAAAACCAUCCUGAAUUUCCAUGCAGGAUUAUACUACGUGAAGAGAAUUUCCUAUGAUGAACGCAUAAUCCGCCUUGUUGACAUUAACUUAGCCAGCGGAAGCUGCAGUCUUCCUUAUAGGUCUCUGGGAAUCGACGAAGUGAUGGGUGAUGGACGGUAUAAUAGUGAGUAUCUUCACCCCCAUGCCACUUUUGUCAGAUGUUCCGAGGAAAUCAAUAAUAUGGCUAGCAGCAGAGUACCCUGUUUGAGUGGGAAUACGUCUCAAAUUUACGUUAAUUACACUGACUACAGAUUGUAUUAUCCUGAUAUUCCAAGUUCUUGCAACAUCAUUUCCAUGGUCCUGACAGAUCAUCCGGAUGAUAAGCUUAACUUCCCUUCCAAUUAUGAAGCAAUCCGGCAGAUACUGCAAUUGGGGUUUGAUCUGAAUUGGACAGUUGAGUGUAGGGAUUGCACGGCACGUGGUGGUUACUGCCAGUUUCCCACUGAUAAAUCAAGGGCGUUUCAAUGUAAAAAGGAAGAAGAUUCCGCUACUCAAAUUCGGCGGGCUAUCAUUUAUCUUUUUUCGAUCUUCCUAUUUGGUUUGAUAAUUUUUUUUAGAUUCAUCCUUGCUCCCCUAGUUGUUUUUGUUUUCAUUCUCCACAAAUGCUUCUCUAGGCGAUAGAAGGACGACACGGUGGAAAAUUUCGCAGAGUCAACAAAUCUGGACUCCAAGAAAAUCCUCGUACAGUACUGAUAUAAUUGCAGAGACGAAAUACUAAGAAGAUCAACAAAUUAUUAUGGCAAGGUGGCUUUGUCCUAGUUUGUAAUUAAGGGCCAACUACUUCCUUGAUUGUUGCUUGACUACCGUAGAAACCAACAAAUUUUUAUGUAAUAUUUUUCAUCUUCUAAUAUUUAUUGAAAUAAAAAAAAUUAUUCGUAACUUGACCUGCAUAAUGGGUGUUAUUGAUACAAUUGUUGAUGUAUCUUCUUAUGUUGAUCCCUAUUCGGUGAACUUUAAGAAUGGAGUACCAAACUUGAGAGAUGAGUCCUUCAAGGCAUGUUUUACAAGUCAAUUUCCUUUAGAUUUAUUUGCCGCGACCAAUACGAGAGAUGCAACAGGAGUAGUCAAUUGUCUAAGAGAUACAAUUAAGAUCAUAUUAGAAAUCAUUUUGCACUAGUGAGAUUCUAAUAACUAAACACCUUUGUAGAGGAUCGAAAAUAUUAGCCUUACGCUAAGUUUUCUAUAGCAAACGAAGUCUAAGUAAUUUGUUUCUAAUUUGAAAGAGAGAGAAUAAUUUUGAAGAUAUGAAUUGGUAUAUCAAAUGUGUUCUACACUUAUCUAUUUAUAAAAAUUUAGUUCAAGUGACAUGUCUCUUUAAUUUGUAUUAUUUAAUCCAAAAAUUAUGUUACUUUAUUAGAAACACACCCUUCU